UUGAAACAACCCCCACCGCACACACCGCCAUGUCCAUCGAGAACCUCCACAUCGCUGACGAGACCGAAAUCCCCGCCGGCGCCACCGUCGAGCUCCACUCCCGCCCCGAGCGCAAGGCCAGGAAGGCUCUCGAAGGGCUCGGCCUCAAGCGCGUCCAGGGCAUCCAGCGAGUCACCCUCCGACGAGCCCGCAACGUCCUCCUUGUCGUUUCUAGCCCCGAAGUCUACAAGUCCCCCGGAAGCGACUGCUACAUCGUCUUUGGAGAGGCCAAGGUGGAGGACCCCAACAGUGCGGCGCAGUUGCAGGCGCAGGCUCAGUUGGCUGCCAGUAGCCAGGCCGCCCAGCAGGCUCAUGCCCACGGAGGGUUCAAGGAGGGUGUGCCCAAGUCUUUGGAGGAGUUGAUGCAGGAUGCGCCCUCCACCGACUCUUCCGCCCCUGCCCCCUCUGGCGAGGCUACCGACGCUUCCGCUUCUGGCGACUUCAAGGUCUCUGACGAAGAGAUUCAACUCAUCGUCGCCCAGACUGGUGUGGACGAAGCCAAGGCUCGAGAGGCGUACAUCUCUGAAAAGGGUGACUUGAUCAAUGCUAUCAUGAAGCUCCAAUAAGCCACAUCUCAGCAGCAGUAGAGUCAGUGUCACGGAGCGGACGAGAAGUCAGAGUUGGAGAAAAAGGGGGAAUGGGGGGUUGUAAAAACCGAGGGAGGAGGCUCUGUGUAAUUUUUGAAUACUCAGCAGGGAGCGGAUGGCGAGUAGGAGAGAGAAACAAAACAGGCAUGAAUCCAAAAAAAUGCUUUGCUCCCAU